UAUAACUGCAGACAGAAUACAUCUUUCCCGUAGUCUGUACAAUCGUCUACAGUACCUGAACACCAUCAGACCUCCGUAACGCCAUCAUGCCUGCAGACUACAAUGGUACCUGGGUCAUGGAGAAGAAUGAAAACUUUGACGCAUACAUGAAGGCGUUAGAUAUUGAUAUUGCCACCCGAACCAUUGCUGCACACCUCAGCCAGACCAAAGAGAUUGUCCAGAAUGGAAAUGACUUUAAAACUAAGACCCUCAGCACAUUCCGGAAUUAUGAGCUCAAUUAUGUCGUAGGAGUAGAAUUUGAAGAGAAGACCAAGGGUCUGGAUAAUCGGGUGGUGCAGACCAUAGUGUCCUGGGAUGGAGACAGUCUUGUCUGUGUCCAGAAAGGGGAGAAAAAGAACCGCGGCUGGAAGCAUUGGAUUGAGGGCGACAAACUCUACUUGGAUUUAACAUGUGAAAAUGCAGUUUGCCAUCAGGUUUUCAAGAAGAAGAACUAAACACUGAAUCGUGACAUCUGCACUGCCAAGUUUCUUUUCUGUGCUUUGUAAAGCAGUGUUUCCUGACCCCGGUCCCCAAGGCACACUAACAGUCCAGGUUUCAGUGAUGUUCAUGCUUGAGCACAGAUGGCUAAAUCAAAAUAACUGAGGUACUAAUGAAAUCACCUGUGCUCAAAUAUGACUAUCCUUAAAACCUGCACUGUUGGUGUACAUUGAGGACUGUGGUUAGGAACCCCUGUUGUAAAGAGUGGAUACACCUGUUAUACAUUUCUUUGUAUUUUUUCUUCAUUAAUA